AUGCAGUUUUGCAUGAGGCUGCAUUCCAGACUGCAGAGACCGGGAGGCAGACAGCGGACAGCUCGGCUCAUUCACAUCCGAUCAACAACUUUGAGGUUUUCUUUUCGUUUUGUUUUUCACCCAAAUAGCCACAGUCAGUUAUUGCAGAUACACAAUGUGUGUGAACUUGCUUCAUUGUGCACGUGUGACAUAGAACGGAGCGGCUUACAUGGACUAUGCACGGCGAGCUGAGGAUGAUGAAGGUGUGUGGCGAGCUCUUUUUGCUGGCGCUUUUCAUCCAGAGUGUAGACUUGACUUUGGGUCUGGGGCCAAACACAAACGUGGAGUUGACACUUCUAUUACCUGCUGGCAGCACGGACUGUUUUCACCAAACCACAGCGAAGAACGACAGCAUAAAAGUUAAAUACCAGGUGACAGGUGGGUCGGGCCUGGACGUCGGCUUCGUCCUCGUCUCACCCGGCGGACACCGGCUGGUCUCUGACUUCCGGAGUUCUGAGGGCUCUCACACGGUGGAUCCCACGGACGAUGGAGACUACCGGAUGUGUUUUGACAACAGCUUCAGUAAAAUAUCAGCGAAGAUGGUGUUCUUCGAGGUGAUGGUAAAUAGACCGAGCAGCAGCGCGCAUGGAGGCCAGAACGACGUGGCGUUGCCAGAAAGCUUGGUGGAUUACAAACUGGAGGACAUCAGGGUGAGGUUGGACACCGUGCACCGGCACCUGGAGGAGAGCCGCCAGGUCCUGACUGCGCUGCGGACCCGAGAGGCGAGGGAUCGCCACCUGCUGGAGGACAACCUGUGGCGCGUGUCCUUCUGGUCGUGCCUCAACGUGCUCGUGCUGCUCGUGGUCGCCGUGACUCAGAUCUACACCUUGCGCCGCCUCUUCGAUGGCGCCAGGCGGAUGCGCGCGUAGUCACGGAAACAGCUGUACCUGCGGCCGAGAGCGAGAACGGUAGCGCGCGGAGCGUGCACGCGCUGACGCGUGGAAGUUGGACCCGUAACCUUUCAGUAAUUUAACCUGGAUGUAUAGGGACAGUUCACUCUUGAACAGAU